GCCCGCGGCCAGCGGGACUUUAUAGGGGAGCGCCCGGCCUGCGCCCGCCUGCCCGCCGCCGCGUCCGCCUGCGCCAUGCGUCCCGGGGCGCCGCUGUGGCCGCUGCCCUGGGGGGCCCUGGCCUGGGCCGUGGGCUUCGUGGGCUCCGUGGGCUCCGGAGACCCCGCGCCCGGUGGUGUGUGCUGGCUCCAGCAAGGCCGUGAGGCCACGUGCAGCCUGGUGCUGAAGACAGACAUCAGUCAGGCCGAGUGCUGCGCGUCCGGCAACGUGGACACCGCCUGGUCCAACUUUACGCAUCCCGGGAACAAGAUCAGUCUCCUGGGCUUCCUGGGGUUGGUUCACUGCCUCCCCUGCAAAGAGUCGUGCGACGGCGUGGAGUGCGGCCCGGGCAAGGCCUGCCGCAUGCUGGGGGGCCGCCCCCGCUGCGAGUGCGCGCCCGACUGCGCGGGGCUCCAGUCGCGCCUGCAGGUCUGCGGCUCCGACGGCGCCACCUACCGCGACGAGUGCGAGCUGCGCGCCGCGCGCUGCCGAGGCCACCCGGACCUGCGUGUCAUGUACCGGGGCCGCUGCCGCAAAUCCUGCGCACAGGUCGUGUGUCAGCGACCACAGUCCUGCGUGGUGGACCAGACGGGCAGCGCCCACUGCGUAGUGUGUCGCUCAGCGCCCUGCCCUGCGCCCGCCAGUCCUGGCCAGGAGCUCUGUGGCAACAACAACGUCACCUACCUGUCUUCCUGCCACCUCCGCCAGGCCACGUGCUUUCUCGGCCGCUCCAUUGGCGUGCGCCAUCCAGGCAGCUGCGCAGGCACCCCUGAACGGCCGGAUACCGAGUCGGAGGAAGAGGAGAAUUUCGUGUGAGCUCCGGGGCCGCCCUGGCGUUCCAGAUCUCCUGGUUUUAUUUAUUGCCACAGCAGAGUCUAAUUUAUGUCCCACGGACACGUCCCUAAAAUCUGGACCCAGAGAACUUGGGGUUAUCUUGGAAGGAUUUCCGUCGCGGGGGUUGGGGAAUAGAGCGGUGAGCAGUGAGCCUGAUAUCCAGGAACCCUGGAAAAUUCCACUCGUCUCCCUAUUAACUGCCAAGAACUGGGGGCCCCCUCCAGAUUCAUCGAUGAAGAUGCCUCUAGAACAGGGACCUUGGAUAUAGGCCAGGGGCUGACGGGGGCACUCAGCCUGGAUGAGUCUCAGAGCACACCCUCAUAAGCCUAGAAAACUGCCCCCCUGCCAGCCCAAAACUCCAGGUUGCCUCUAUUUCCCCCCCAAAGGCCCCCUAGAGAUAACCAGCUUGUUUCCUCAUUUGGGGGUGCCAGCUGUGUCACAUGACCCAGCCUGGAUGAAUAGGGGCCAGUCAGUAGCUGUCUGCCCACCAGUCCUGCCCACUCAUGACUCACCCACUGGCGUGGGGGCUGGGUGUGGGCACUAGGACCCAACUGAGUGGAAACUGAAUGAUUGCCUUGCCGCCCGUCCCCAGGUGACAUCCAGACACAGGACCCUUUGGUCUCAAGCAGCCCCUAGUCCUUGCCCCCUCUAGAUUCAGCACCCAGAAUCCGCCUCACCCUCCAUCCCGGCUCAGGAUGCCAGCCCCAGUCAUGUUUCAGUGUUCAGCCUGUGUGCAGAACAGAGGCCCAUCCAGAUUUGAGGGCCAUGUGGGGGAGGGACCCAGUUCCCCAGAGUUUGGGCUGAGGGGAAUAACAGCGACAGUGUUACCCAUUCCCAGACUCCAAAAAGUGCCUUACAUUGGAACUGGAGCCUUAGCACAGGGGUGGGGGGAGGGUGCUUGCUUUGCAGAUGGCUGACCCAGGUUCAAUCCCCAGCUCCGCAUAGAGUCCCCGGCGCCCUGUCCAGGAGUGAGCCCUGGGCAGGGCCACACUGCCCAAACAAAACAAAACAGUGCCUUACCUAUGAUAUUCAGAAAAGUGCCUUAAGAGGGGGAAAAUCUUCAAAGUUUCCCCUCCCCAAACAAGUCACCUCACCCCUAGCCUGGGGUCCUGCCUCACCAAAAAAAUAAAGACA